AUAGUCAUGAUUGACGAGUAUAAGAACUGAGUAUAUUUUACAUACUAUUAAUAAUAGACAAUGAUUAUAUUUUGUUGAUUUCUUCUGUGCAAUUGUCAUAUAGUUGAUGUAAUGAGUCAACGUUUACAUUACGUCAUGUCACAUGAUGAAGUCACGUGUCAUCCAGGAAGCUGCGUUAUGUUUUCUACUCUGCCUCUUGUCUGUACACCGCGAUGCGAUGUAUUCAUUAUGUAUCAAUGUGAACCGAAAAAUAGAAAUUAUGAAAAUGAUCACCGUCCUGGCGAAGUUAUUGAGGUAAUAUCGAGUUCUUUGUCUCCCGUGUGACCGCCCGAACAUCAUCAUGGCAUCACCGAGGUGCACUCAGGAGCUUUCCACAGAGAAUGACAGGCUACUCUCUCCCAAGGGUCUUAGCUAUGGGUCGCAGAACCUUCUUGGGGAUGGACAAAUGAGCUCUGAUCUGCACCAGCAUCACGAUGAAGAGGAGGAAGAAGCCCUGAGGAGGAAGCUUAAAUAUUUCUUCAUGAGCCCUUGUGAUAAAUAUCAUGCCAAGGGACGCAAACCAUUCAAGUUAGGACUGCAGCUGCUCAAAAUCAUCAUUGUUACAGUGCAGUUGGUGCUGUUUGGGCUAAGCAACCAGAUGGUUGUGACCUUUAAAGAAGAAAACACAGCCACAUUCAAACAUCUCUUCCUGAAGAAUUACCAGGACAACACUCCACAGGCUGUUCACACGCAGAAAGAACUGCACAGCCACAUCAACUUUGCCAUUGAGCAGUAUCUAGCUCUGCCUCAGAUCUCACUGGGACAGUAUGCUUAUGUACAAGGUGUCGGCUUCAAUGGAAGUGCACUCUCGCUCUGCCAGAGGUAUUACAGGAGGGGCGCCAUCGUCCCAGUCAAUGACACUUUUGACAUCGAUCCUCAUGUUAUCACCGACUGCAUCGGAAUCGAUCCGCCGGCUUUUGGUUUUGACCCUGGAAAAAGUGACUACAGAAACUUCACUCUCAAUUUUUACAAGCUGAUCAACGUCACGGUUGACUUCCAGCUGAAGGCUAUCAACAUACAGACCAUCAUAAACAAUGAAAUACCAAACUGCUACACCUUUGCGAUCACGAUCCUCAUGGAUAACCGAGCUCACAGUGGCAAAGUUAAGAUCAGUUUACAGAACCGAGCCUCCAUAAAGGAAUGCAAGGAUCCUAAUGUUUCCGGACAUGCGGAGAACUACGCCCGAGUGUUCUUCGAUGUGUUGGUCGCUCUCGUUUGUCUGCUUUCUCUGUUGCUGUGUGGACGCUCCAUCCUCAGAGGUGUUCUUCUGCAGCACGAAUACGCACAGUUUUUCCAGACCAGACUUGGCCGUGGUGUGAGCUGCGGAGACCGAAUGGAGUUCAUCAACGGCUGGUAUAUCCUCCUCAUUGUCAGUGACAUGUUUACAAUCAUCGGCAGCUUCAUCAAAAUUGGAAUUGAAUCCAAGAAUUUGUCAUCAUAUGACUCAUGCGCAAUCCUGCUGGGAACGUCCACACUUUUAGUGUGGGUGGGAGUCAUCCGCUAUCUCAGCUUCUUUCAAAAAUACAACGUAAGACAUUCAAAUCAUACAUUUGGUUUUGUCUCUCCGAAGGAAUGUGAAUCUUAUUGUUUCCUGCUUUUCUAUUUUUCCACCCAGAUCUUGAUUGUGACGCUCAGAGCGGCAUUCCCCAAUGUCAUCCGCUUCUGUUGCUGUGCAGCCGCUAUAUAUUUGGGAUACUGCUUCUGCGGAUGGAUCGUCCUGGGACCGUAUCAUACCAAGUUCCGCUCCCUGCCCAUGGUAUCCGAGUGCCUCUUUUCCCUCAUCAACGGCGACGACAUGUUUGUGACGUUCGCCGAGAUGGAGCAAACCGGCACGCUGGUGUGGAUCUUCAGCCAGGUCUACCUUUACACCUUCAUCUCCCUCUUCAUCUACAUGGUGCUGUCACUCUUCAUCGCGCUCAUCACCGGAGCCUACGACACUAUUAUGGCCCAAACGCAAGAGCAGGUUCGCAUCACUGAUCUUCAGGCAUUCAUCGCUGAGUGCACCGACACACCUUGCUCCGGCAAGUUCCGAGGUCCUGAGGGGUCGUCGUGCUCUUUUUUCUGCUGCUGUGAUUGAGUCUCAGCAGGGAGGAUGACGAUGCCUGUGCAGAGAACUGACUGACCUUGAACCCCCCCCCCCCCCCCAUGUUUAAAUGUUGCAUUCUUAAUCAAGCUUUUUACUGUAGCACUUUCCAUGCAGACUCAGGCCAAACGACCCGCUUUGGCUUUUGUUCCGUGUGAAUCAUUUUCCGUUGAAAUUACGCCAGCGGACAGUGUAAAACAGCAUCACCGUUGACUUGAAGUAUUUUACAGUAGGCGUCAGGAUUCGCUGUGCCUCUUAAAUGAGGUUUGUGUCUUGUAAAUGUUCCAUCACCAGAAGACUUGCUAGUAUGUAUGCAUAAUGUACUGUAUUUGUAUGCAUGAAUUGCCUUCUGCUACAUUUACAGUCAAAAACGGUACUCCCCGCCAUUCUUCCUCCCUUUGUUCUUUUCUUCCCUCGGCUGAAAAUGUUUUGAUGGCUGCACGCACAGGGACGAGCCCUGUAGCCAACCAGUUAUUCAUCAAUAUGUAUGAACUGUAAAAAAAAAAAAAAAAAGACUGCACACCAAUGCUCUAAGCAAUGAAGCAUUUCUUACUCUUUGCUUUUAAUGUGCCGCAUGCAGGUAGGGAAUUUCCUGCUGGGAAAAUAGCAUUGUGAUUUUGUUGUUUUAUUUUUGUAUUAUUAUUAUUUUAAUGGAUAUUUUGCCAAAGCCUAACUCUUUAGGCCGGGUUUAUGUUUUAUCUUCAGUCGAAACCAUUUGAGAAAAGGUAAUUGCUCAUUUAUUUUAUCUGAUGUAAGGGCAUAUGAAAAAUCUAGUAAUCCGUUUUAAAGGGAACACAUGUUGAGAUGGACUUAAUGAAAUGCUAAUGUCAUUCCAUUUUGCUGUGUGAAGGGCACCGUUCAAUGGAUAAAAUUGGUCUCCACUUGAAAGGUAAAAAGGAAUUUAAUUAUUUUCCUUUCUCCUGAGUUCUUUUAGAAUCACACCACUGCUCAGUUGUUAAUAUUUAUGUGCGCUCAUUUGCACUUUAGGGUGACAGCUUAAAUUGCUAAAAUGCCUUCACAUUAGAACUAAAGAGCGCACUGGGUCAGUACAAAGAAUUCUUUGCAGUCAAUAAUGCAUGGGCUCUGACAACUCUGGGAACUUUAUUUUAUUCUACUUGAAUUUACUAGAAGAAAAAAAAAAAGGAUGUCUUAGCUCCUAGUUUGUCAGCCUCUGCGAACAAGGCCUUUGUAAAACUAUUUACCUGUGACGUUAUUCCAAUAUUGAAUAUUUGUAAAGAUGUUGGCUUACACACAUUGGGAAAUUAAACUAACAACCCUGAACAGGUGUUGAAAAAAUAA